AUGGAGGCGCUGGAAGCUCUUUUCGGGAACUGCUCACAGAAGCUCUCUGCUUUAAUCCAGGAUGAGGCGGCGAUGAUUCUCGGAGUGAAGGAAGAGCUCGGGAAGCUGCAGAGGAGGAUGAAGCGGAUCGACGGCGCGCUGAAAAAAACAGGGCGGGAGGGGACCGAAGAUGCUGCUUGGUUGAAUGAGCUGAGAAGUAUCUUGGAUGAAGCGAACGACUUGUUUGACGACGUCAGGCACGAGGUCACCCAAAAAUAUUCAGGUGCUCGAUUAUUGCAGGACAUCAUUCGAAAAGCCGGAGGUAGUCAUGGAAGUGCCGAACGGGUUUCAGACCUGCUCCCUAUUCUCAGCCGGACUCUUGGAGGGAGGAGAAUCUUUCUUGUGCUGGACGACGUAUGGCGAUCGACCGUAUGGACUGAUUUACUCCGUAACCCGCUGAGAAACGGAGCAGCUAGUGGAUGUGUUCUGGCGACCACGAGAGAUCAGAACGUUGCGAUGAGAAUGGGCGCGAAACACAUUCACCAGGUGGAGAAAAUGACUGUUGAUUCAGGCUGGGAGUUGCUUUGCAAGAAAACCUAUCUAGAAGAAGAUGCACAAAGUUUGAGAAGCGUAGGGGUUCAGAUUGUUAAUAAAUGCGGCGGCCUUCCGCUUGCAAUCAAAGUGAUUGCCGGUGUCUUAACCACCAAGGAGAAAAGCAGAAGAGAGUGGGAGAGAGUUCUCAAGAGCCAUGCUUGGUCUAUGAGUGAGCUCCCUGAGGAAUUCAGAGGUGCUCUCUACUUGAGUUACCACGAUUUGCCGCCUCAUCUGAAGCAAUGCUUUCUUUCGUUUUGCCUUUACCCUGAGGAUGAUGUACACUGCAUUUGGGAUCUUCGCAGGAUGUGGGUGGCAGAGGGGUUUGUCGAGCAAGAAGAAGGUUUAACAAUGGAAGAGUUAGCCGAGCAAUACUAUUUCGAGCUAAUACGAAGGAGUCUACUACAACCUGAUCCUCGUCAUGUGGAUCAAAGAAGGUGCGAAGUACACGAUCUCUUGCGAUCUCUCGGUCAAUAUUUGUCACAAGGUGAAAGUUACUAUGGAGAUUCACAGUCCUUGGAUGCUACUGCAAUCUCGAAGCUUCGCCGCUUGUCAAUUGCUGAGGGCAGAGAGAUUGUUACAAUCCCUGCUCCAGAAACUGAGCGGCUACGUUUGAGGACAUUACUACUAACUGCAAGUCCACCUAGAAUUGAGCACUCUCUUUUCUCUAGAUUUCCAUAUCUCCAAGUGCUGCUUCUUAACGGAAAAGGGAUUGAAUGCAUUCCUGAUUGUGUGGGAAAUCUAAUACACCUCCGAUUGUUAGAUCUUGAUUGGACUAGCAUAUCCAAUCUGCCGGACUCUAUUGGAUUGCUAAAAAAUUUGCAGACUUUAAACCUACAACAUUGCAAAUUCUUGAACACACUUCCAAGGAGCAUCACUCACUUAUCCAGUCUUAGACGGCUUGGCCUUUCUGGUACCCCUUUAAGGCAUGUCCCCGAAGGAAUAGGGAGACUGCAACUGAUAAAUGACCUCCAAGGAUUCAUUAUUAACGCAGAUGAUAGUUGCAAUUCUGAACGAAAUAGUUGGGACUUGGAAGAAUUAAAAUCACUUGGCCAACUAAGGUGGCUCGGAUUACAUAUUUUGGAGGGAAAAAGGAACGCAAAUUCUAUGCAGCCCACAGAUGAUACGAUAGAUCAAGUGAGAACAGCAGCUCCUCCAGGAAAUGGGGCUUUUGUACUGGCAAAUAAAGCCUUCCUAAAAGAACUAGCCGUAUCCUGCACACCGCAAACAGAGAGGGCAGAAGUGCCGCCAUACACAGAGGAGGAGAUCAGUAAGAUUGAAGACACCUUUGAGAAAUUGCACCCUCCAACUUGUUUAGAACGAUUAUGGGUCGAAAACUUUUACAAUCAGCAUAUUCCGAGUUGGAUGCUGUCGUCGUCUUUGGGUACUUAUCUUCCUUAUCUGACAUAUGUGAAUUUCAUAGGUUUGCCACUAUGCCCACAACUUCCACCUCUAGGCCAAUUGCCGCAUUUGAGGUAUCUCCAAAUCAGAGAGGCUUUGGCCAUUGUAACUAUUGGUCCGGAAUUACUCGGUAAUGGGGUUGGUGAUGGGGUGCACGCAGCAGCGGCCUUUCCUAAGCUUGAAUUUCUUUUCAUGAUAGACAUGCCUAAUUGGGAAGAAUGGUCCUUAGUUGGCAGUGAAACAGGUAAGUCAUCAUCUUGCUCGCUUCGAGUUAUGCCUCGUUUAGAGGAAUUGCGUGUGAUAUAUUGCCCAAAACUUAGAGCACUUCCAAAAGGUUUGCAGCAACUCAGAGCACUCCGGAUUUUGCAAGUUGAACGAGCUCAUAGCCUAAGUGUAAUUGAGGACUUCCUGUUCAUUACUGAGCUUAAAAUCAUAAAAAAUGACGGCAUGGAAAGGAUCUCAAAUCUUCCUGCACUAAGAAAGCUCACCAUCUGGGACAACUCGGCUCUAAAGUGCGUCGAUAAUUUGGUUGCACUACAAUACCUAGAGUUGCAAGAUUACUCUAUGAAGUCCCUCCCAGAAUGGUUGUUGAGACUGGCCCAGCAGCGCGCUCAUCUUCGUGACAACAACCUCGAACUUGUCAUGCGCUGUAGUGCCGCCAUAAUUCAGAGAUGCCUCAAGGGAGGGCCGGACUGGCCCAUCAUCGAGUGCUUUUCUCGUGUCAGUGCCUACACCGAAGAUAGAUCAGCACAUCUUGAAUAUACCAAGCAAAGUGGGUGUUAUCGAACUAAUCAAUGAAGGUAAAACCGGUGAAAAUUUUCCUACUUCUCUUCUCAUUUUGUUUCUUUUCUUUAUCGAUUAGAUGUUUUGUACUUCAAACUGUUAUGUCUCGCAUCAUCUGAAAUUUGAAACUCAACUGCAUUCUCUAUGCUAGUUCAUGAUAUUCCGUAGUCUUCUCUCUA